UAGAAAGUCAGCCUGGUUUCCAGCUGAGUGCUUGCUCUCUCUCACACAGUGUGUGUAUGUGUGUUGUCAUUAUUAUCCACUCUGCUCCCAGCUCAGAAUGGCCAGAUUCACUCAGACUGAAACAAGAAGGCAGCAGCAGCAGCAUCCUCCUCCUCAGCAGCAGCAUCCUGCUCCUCCACACUAUUCCAGCCUCCUUUUCAGCGGACACAGUCAAGCUUCACUGCUCCUGAUCCCGCACCAGCAGCACCAGUACCCGCCGAUCACGCUGCCCAAACCCAUGAACGGCUCGGAACCCAUUUCACUUCAUCCGGAGAGCGGCGCCAUGAAGGACCAGGAUGCCAUUAAGCUGUUUAUCGGGCAGAUUCCGCGCAACUUGGAGGAGAAGGACCUGAAGCCUCUCUUUGAACAGUUUGGGAAGAUCCACGAACUGACGGUGCUCAAGGACCGCUACACCGGUAUGCACAAAGGUUGCGCUUUCCUCACCUACUGCGCCCGAGAGUCCGCCAUCAAAGCCCAGAACGCCCUCCAUGAACAGAAAACACUCCCAGGGAUGACUCGCCCCAUUCAGGUGAAACCGGCCGACAGUGAGAGUCGUGGAGAAGACAGGAAGUUGUUUGUGGGAAUGCUGAACAAACAACAGACAGAGGAGGAUGUUUAUCGCCUGUUCGAACCCUAUGGAGUUAUCGAGGAGUGCACGGUCCUAAGAGGUCCUGAUGGCAACAGCAAAGGUUGCGCCUUUGUCAAGUUCUCCACACAUACUGAGGCUCAGUCCGCAAUCGGUGCCCUCCACGGAAGUCAGACAAUGCCAGGCGCUUCGUCCAGUUUGGUGGUGAAGUUCGCCGACACAGACAAAGAGCGCACCAUCAGACGCAUGCAGCAGAUGGUCGGCCAGUUUGGCAUCUUCAACCCAGCCAUCGCCCUACCCUUCAGCACCUACAGCUCUUACGCACAUGCGCUCAUGCAGCAGCAGGCGGCCAUCAUGGCGGCAAGCCACAGCGGUUACCUGACGCCAAGUGUGGCCGCCUUCCCCGCCACACAGAUCCACCAGAUGGGGGCGCUCAAUAUCAACAGCCUCCCGCCCACCCCCAUGACCCCGGUGUCGGGUGAGUUUCAUCAAGCCUUGGGCCUCAGUUCUCCGCCAGCCAACAUCACCACCUCCGCCGUUCCCAGCAUCGUCACACCCAUCGUCAACGGAUUCACCGGCAUCCCUCAUCAGCCAAACGGACACCCCGCUGUGGAGACGGUCUACACCAACGGUCUGCCACCUUACUCCACCCAGAGCCCCACGGCCGCCGACACCCUGCAGCAAGCCUUCACUGGAGUACAACAAUACACGGCAAUUUACCCGGCCACCACGCUGACUCCCAUUGGCCAGACGCUGCCCCAAGCGCCACAGGUCAUCCAGCAGCAGCAGCAGCAGCAGAGAGAAGGUGAGGGUCCGGAGGGCUGUAACCUGUUCAUCUACCACCUGCCACAGGAAUUUGGAGACAAUGAACUCAUGCAGAUGUUUCUGCCCUUCGGCACCGUCAUCUCCUCCAAGGUCUUUAUGGACCGGGCGACCAACCAGAGCAAGUGUUUCGGCUUUGUGAGUUUCGACAACCCCGCCAGCGCGCAGGCAGCUAUCCAGGCCAUGAACGGCUUUCAGAUUGGCAUGAAGAGGUUGAAAGUCCAGCUAAAGAGACCGAAGGAUGCCAGCCGCCCUUACUGACACAGCCUACCUUUAGUAUUCAUUGCAGCAACAGCAGCAGCAGCACAGGUUUUAGAGGAGACGUGACGAUAUCACGGAGGGGCUUAUCUUUUUUUUUUUCUUGGAAAGCAACAUGUUUUUUUUUUUUAAAUCAACGCAUAAGGAUUUCUUUUCUGUUUUUUGGAAGACAUAUCAGCAUUUACUUAUGAAGACAUAAGUUGGAACGAGACGUGGAGAUGCGUCGCCGGGGGACGCAAACAGAUGGCACAGUGUGAGGAAGGGAAAAAACUGAUGAAAACAAAAAACACUGAACAACAGAACUUUUUUUCUUGUUGAGACUGGAAUUGUUAAUUAAGCAACAAACAAACAGGAGGAAGCAUCAACAACAAAUAGAUUUCUAUAUACAUGUUAUAUAAACAUAUAUAUGUGUGCGUGUAUAUAUGUAUAUAUAUGUGUAUAUAUAUAUUAUAUAUAUAUACAUAUAUAUACAUAUAUAUAUAUAAAUGAGAGAUGCGCUUGUGGCUUUUACUGCACUGGACAAAUGAGGGUUCAAACUCGAAGACGGACAGUGGCAAGAUAAAAAUCUCUUCUUCUCUUCUUCUUCGUCCACUGGAAGUCUUUCUCUUUUCCCUCUUUUUCUGACAUUGUCACCCAGCAAGCGCCAAGGAGGAGGCUACCAGCCCGGAGGAGUUUAGCAACAACUGAAAAUCUUUCACCCAAAAGGGACCACAGGACCAAACCUGUUUGUAUUGUUCUGAGCAGUAAUGCAUAGUAUUAAUGAAUUAAAAACUACUACUGAUGAUAUUACACAUUUAUUAAGGAGGAAACACUAGCUUCAGGUUGAAACACAAAAAAAAGAGGAAUGUUUUUUUUGUAGCUAUAAGGGUUUGAGAAUAUAUUUUAAAAAGUUAUGCUAUUUUAGUGGCGUAGAAAAUGGGGGUUGGAUAUUGUUACGGGCAUGUUCAUUUCAUCUACAUUUCAUUCAUUUUGUAUAUCACUUUUAAGCUGGACUCAUUUAAUGAAAAUGAUUACAUUUUCGGCUGCACGGUGACAUAGUGGUUCGCGCGCAGGCCACACAGCAAGGAGACCUGAGUUCAAUUUCACCCCCGCCCAUCUCAGACUUUCCGUGCAUACUGCCGGAAUCAAAUUUCUGACAUUUUUUUUAUCAAUAUGCUGGCACCCGCAAUGGUGCGGCACGGUGUUCGAGUGGUUAGCGUGCAGACCUCACAGCUAGGAGACCAGGGUUCAAUUCCACCCUCGGCCAUCUCUGUGUGGAGUUUACAUGUUCUCCCCAUGAAUGUGUGCGUUUUCUCCAGGGACGACGGCUUCCUCCCACAUUCCAAAAACAUGCUAGGUUAAUUGGAGACUCCAAAUUGUCCAUAGGUAUGAAUGUGAGUGUGAAUGGUUGUUUGUCUAUAAGUGCCCUGUGAUUGGUUGGCGACCAGUCCAGGGUGUACCCCGCCUCUCGCCCGAAGACAGCUGGGAUAGGCUCCAGCACCCCAACGACCCUCGUGAGGAUAAGCGGUAGAAAAUAAAUGAAUAUUAGAUUUUCAUCAAAUCCCAGCAGCAACCCCUGAAACAGGAAAAUUCACUGAUUGUCACAGAAGGCUGACAUUUAUCAACAUAUGGAAUUAUGAUAUGAGUUGCUAAAUUCACCAAAUGAAAGUAAUGUUUUUCAUGGUAGAGUCAGUGUUAGAGGUUAAUGGCCAAUGAAUUUGUAACACCUAUGCUAGAAAACAGUAGUGCAAUAGCAUAAUCUUUUUAUAUAUAUAUGAGCCAGAGCAGCGCCUUUUAUAAAGUGAACAACAGGAUCAGUAGUCCUUCCUUUCCAUCAUUAAAGCCUUGAUAUUCCAGAUAAUCUGACCGUAAAGCAGUGUGCUAAAAGUGCCAUCCGGCUGAGCAGCGUGUGAGCGAGGCAGUAAAAACAGCACAGUGUCUGUAACUGCUUAAUAAAAUAUACAAAUGAGCCUGACAGUGGUUGUAAACAUUCCCGCAACGCCGUGCCGCAACAGCGGUGCCUGUCGGGUCACGGCCUCUCCUGCUGCCAAGCCUCUCCAGCUGCUCUCAGCGGGAUGGGGGGGUCCUCGUGAUUCCUGCGCUGCUGCCAGGAGCCAGCGUAUCGCUCUCUUAAUAGGAGCCUCAAAUCUGAGGGCAACCUAAUGAGUUAAUAUUGAUCAGAUGGGCAGCAGAUAUAACUAAUAUACAUAUAGAAAUAUCUAAUCUGACACGCCAGAUGGUGGCUUUUGCAAAGAACAGACACAAACUGUUUGGAAAAGGCCAACUUUAGAGGUACGGUGGUUGUCACUUGGCAGGGAGGGAUGCCAAAAGGUUUUUUCCACCACAUCCGGAAAAAUCCAUGCCUACCAACCCUCCUGAUUAUCCAGAUUACCGUGGGUUUACUUCACCUAACUUCAGGUGUCUUCUUAACAUCCUUUGUUGGAUGCCUGAAGGGCAUUGGACUUUAGAAGUUCCACUGGAUUUUGGAUUGUAGGAAAAUAUCCUUUUGAUCAAGAAAAGCUGUCACUGCUUUGGCGUGCUCAAGACCGGUUCCGAUAAAACUGUUACAACUGUUCCAUUCUAAACCCUAUUCAUGGGGCGCCUAUUGUUUACAUUGUACUUGGCACACCUUCUCAUGAUGAAAGGAUGCUGAUUGGUCCAUUUAUAGACUAUUUAUCUUUAGUGUCACUAAUACACUUGCUGUAUUUGCUGCCAGUUAACAUUCCAAAGUAUUAAUGGACUAUCUAACAGUACACAUGCAUGUUUAGGGAGUCAACUAUAUGCUGUUGUUCAGGGAAGAGCAUUUCCUCUCCAAAGGCAAUAAUAGCACAGCAAGAGUGCACAUUUGCAGCCUUAGGAGGUCAAAUUAAGAGCAAAAUGAUCCAUCAAUUAGACAGCAGCAGGCCUGUAGGUGUAGCAGCCACAGCUGCCAACGACAAAACGACCGCUUACCAUUAGCAACGGUCACACAUGGCCGCCAUAUAUCUACACUACCGUCACCUUACAAUGUGCGCAAAGACAUUACAUGAAGUCAUUUCCUUUUGUCAUCUAUUCUUGCUUUGCUUUCUGGGAUUACUGCCUUUUUAUAUCUGAGAAUGUGGCUUGACAAUACAGUGAAGUGAAGAAUUGAAAGUAACUUUUAUUGUUGUGUUUGAGCUGUGAAGGGACAAAUUUUUUUAAUAAUCAUUCCAUAUGAAGUACCGUAUUUCCUCAAAUAAUGGCCUGUGCUCUGGUCGAUGUCAUGUCUCAAUGAAUCAGGUGUGUUGUCCACUUUACGCACCUUCCCUUGAAGUGACACCAAAAAAUAGGUCAACCUCAUUGCUACCCAAAACAGCAGCUGUAACACUGAGGCAUGUUUCAUAAAAAAAAAAAUGUAGCUCAACUUGGGCUGCACGGCGGAACAAGUGGUUAUCACACAUAUCACACACCGAAUAUAACCAUAAAUGAUGAGAAAAAAGUUUGAAUCCUGAAAGAAUGUUGCAAUUAUAAGUAUAAGAAGAAGAAAGGAUCCACCCUCGUGAGGAUAAGUGGUAGAAAAUGAAUGAAUGUAGCUCAACUUCCCAUAGCUGACAUAUAUAUCGUGUGUUUUUUUACGAAACAGGCUGAAUCAGUAGUGCCCCUGCUGAUUCCUUUUGCAUCACAACACGAUGAAUCAGCAACGAACCACAAAUUGAUUUAUUGAUUAUUAUUCCUCUCUUUAUGUCCAUGCGACUGCCUAAACCUUAAUAGAUGUCCAGGACUCUCUACAGUUGAUUAAACAAACGUACCAGCCACUAUAUGAGAAAAUACAGUAUUAAAGUACAUGGUCCAACACAGUAGAAGGAAAGUAGUUUUGCUCCACUGAGUUACUGUUCCUGUUGCCAUCCUCCUGUCAGGUGAAGCUGUGAUAGAUGCCCUCUUUUUACUCCAGGCCAUACAAGGCCUUAUAAACCUCACACUUCCACAAAAAAAAAAAAAAAUCUUUCCUUAUGGGAUUUUCUGCCAGGGAGAGCGGCGUGAAUUAUUAAAAUCAAAUUAAAUUUGGCCUUCACAACAGCUCGGGUAAAUGCAAAUUAAAGAUGCCAGCUGUGUGUGGCUGAAAUGUAAUGAGUUGGAGGGAGA